AUGCCUCAAAAGCACUCUAAAACGACCUUCAGAUGCGGGCAUCAGGAGAUGAUACCCGAGGAGACAACAAUAUGGACGGAACUGAAGCGCUGGACGCACACAAACACACGUAAAUCUUCCUCCCUCUGCAGCAACUGUCAGAAGAUUAACCCAAGGAAAGCACCACCGGCACGAGGAACAUCGCAAACGAUUGCAGCACUGGGUCUCGCCGAGCAUACUAACGCCGUGGAAGCUCUCCGCCAAGUCCAGCACCGCUGGGAAGAUAUCGCUGCUCGGACAACAGCAGAUCAGAUUGAAGAAUUUUCAGACGAGCAUCGAGCUACAGCUUCUCAUGCUGAGCAGGACUUGAAUAGAAUGCAUGUGUUUUGGGCAGAGAGACACGCAACGCACAUGAGCAGCCUCUCUACUGAGCUUAUGCAUUCCGGUCGACGAGGACCCCUUGACUGCCGGCUAUGCAAAGAGUAUGCGCAGUCCCUUGUUGAGCCGCAGUACCGACUUGAGCACCCAAAUGAGCACCAACCUGAUCGUCCAAACGAGUACGAACUUGAUCGCCCGAACGAACCAGAAAUUGACCAAGAAGAACUCUACGGCCCAAUGAUCUUCCCUCCGAGGUCACGAACACCAGAUACUGACGUGUACGAGAUGUACGAGAUUGUGCCAUUCGAGGGAUCAAGAACGUCACUUGAUAGCGAUGCUACUGAGGGUAUCAGAAGAGCGCAAGACAGCUUUGAUACUCCGGAUAUGAGCCCCAUGAAGGAAGGGUACGCAAGACCGCCAAGCAGAAGAGGACAAACUGUCGGGGAAAAUGAGGAACAACCAUCCACAGUGAUCUGCCGGUAUGUCUCGUCUCCUCCUGACCCCGACAAUCUUCCUGACAUUCCCAAAGAGCUUCGUGAUCGCCUUGCAUCAAGAUACCUAGAACCAUCUUCGAUGCCCGAAGUUCGUGAUUGUCUGGCACCAAGUCCCACAAGAAUAUCUGCGGCCGCUGCACGAGCUCUGUCUAAGCUGGCAGCGAUCAGUGAAGAGGGUUUGGUCUCAGAAGAACCCACAACUGAUCGUGAAUCGCUCCCAUACGUGUCACCAAUGAGAGACUUGAUAUCAUCUAGACAGCCGCGCUGGGGUCAAGGAGUUCAAGGGCGAGAAUCUCCCGCGACUGUGCAAGUCAAUAGGGAUAUAGGGGCGGAUGCCAACAAGUCCGAGCUAGUUCCUCCCUCUGAUAACUCCGGAGAGGGGCUCCAUGGGCUAGAGGUGAACCCAACAGGUGCUCCUCUCCCAGAAGUCGCAGCCGAAGAGAUACAACAGCUAGCUGACCUAGCAAUCGCUCCAUUACGACGAGAGGAUGCCAUGACUGGGUCUGCAGGCGGACCAAGUCUUCAUGCCAUGCUCGCUGAACCAAACCCGGGAAUGAAUAUCACAGUCCAUCACAACAACUAG